GCUUCUGUCACUCUGCGAUCUGCAAGUACGGGGAGCCCCACAGCUAAGACGCCAGGACACCCAGAAGCGGGAAAUGGAAGCCCAGGUGACUCCGCCGAAGCCUCUGUCGCCCUGUGACCUGCAGGUCCGUAGGGAGGACGCCAAGACAGCCGGAAGCCUGGAAAUGGUACUGUUGACAUUCAGGGAUGUGGCCAUAGAAUUCUCUCUGGAAGAGUGGGAUUGCCUGGACCCUGCUCAGAGGAAUUUGUAUAGGGAUGUGAUGCUAGAGAACUACAGAAACCUGGUCUCCCUGGAUCUUGCUAUGUCUACACCGGACCUAAUCACCUGUCUGGAGCAGAGCAAAGAACCCUGGAAUUUGGAGAGACAGGAGAUAGUAGCCAAACACCCAGUGUCUUCUCAUUUCACCAACGACCUUUUGCCAGAGCAGAGCAUUAAAGACUCAUUCCAAGAAAUGAUACUGAGAAGAUAUGGAAACUAUGGCUUUGAUAAUUUAAACUUAAAGACAGACUGGGAAAGCAUAGAUGAGUGUAAGGGGCAGAAAGGAUGUUAUAAUGGACUUAGCCAGUGUUUCUCAACUACCCAUAGCCAAAGUUUUCAAUAUAAUGAAUAUAUGAAAGCCCAUAAUAAAUUGUCAAAUCCAACUAGACAUAAGAUAAGCUAUACCGGAGAGGAACUUUUCAGUUGCCAAGAAUAUGGCACAUCCUUUUAUAUGCCCUCAGUCCUAACUCAACAUCAGAGAAUCCAUACUGGAGAGAAUCCCUAUAAAUAUGGAGAAUGUGGCAAAGCCUUUAACCAGUGCUCACAGUUUACUGAACAUAAGAAAGUUCAUCCUGGACAGAAACUCUACCAAUGUGAAACAUGUGGCAAAGCUUUUAAACACAGUUCAAACUUUUCUAAACAUAAGAGAAAUCAUACUGGAGUGAGACCUCACAAAUGUGAAGUAUGUGGCAAGGCCUUUAAGUUGUUCUCAUACCUUACUGAACAUAUGCGAAUUCAUACUGGAGAAAAACCCUACAAAUGUGAAGAAUGUGGGAAAGCUUUUAAGCAGUGCUCAAUCCUUACUAAACAUAAGCGAAUUCAUACUGGAGAGAAACCUUACAAAUGUGAAGAAUGUGGCAAAGCCUUUAACCAGUGCUCACACCUUACUGAACACAGGAGAAUACAUACUGGAGAGAAACAUUACAAAUGUAAAGAAUGUGGCAAAGUCUUUAAAUCUUGUUCAAGUCUUUCCAAUCAUAGGAAAGUUCAUACUGGAGAGAAAAUCCACAAAUGUGAAGAUUGUGGCAAAGCUUUUAAGUGGUUUUCAUACCUUACUCAACAUAAGAAAAUUCAUACGGGAGAGAAACCCUACAAAUGUGAAGAAUGCGGCAAAGCCUUUAACCAGUCUUCCAACCUUACUGAACAUAAGCGAACUCAUACUGGAGAGAAACCCUACAAAUGUGAAGAAUGUGGCAAAGCUUUUAAGCGGUGUUCAAUUCUUAUUGAACAUAAACGGAUUCAUACUGGAGAGAAACCCUAUAGAUGUGAAGAAUGUGGCAAAGCCUUUAACCAAUGCUCACACCUUUAUAAGCAUAAAAGAAUUCAUACUAGAGAGAAACCCUACAAAUAUGAAGAAUGUGGCAAAGCUUUUAACCAAAGCUCACAGUUCACUGAACAAAAGAAAAUUUGUCCUGGGGCGAAACUCUAUCAGUGCAAACAAUGUGGUAAAGCUUUUAAACACAGCUCAAACCUUUCUAAACAUAAGAGAAAUCAUACUGGAGUGAAACCCCACAAAUGUGAAGAAUGUGGCAAAGCCUUCAAGUUGUUCUCAUACCUGACUGAACAUAAGCGAAUUCAUACUGGAGAGAAACCCUACAAAUGUGAAGAAUGUGGCAAAGCCUUUACCCAGUGCUCACAUCUUUCUAAACAUAAGAGAAUUCAUAUUGGAGAAAAACCCUACAAAUGUACAGAAUGUGGCAAAGCCUUUAAAUCCCGCACAAUUCUUUCUAAGCAUAAGACAGUUCAUCAGAGAGAAAAACCCUACAAAUGUGAAGAAUGUGGAAAAUCUUUUUACUGGUUUUCACAUCUUACUAAUCAUAAAAUAAUUCAUACUGGAGAGAAACCCUACAAAUGUGAAGAAUGUGGAAAAGCUUUUUACUGGUUUGCUAAUCUUACUAAUCAUAAGAUAAUUCAUACUGGAGAGAAACCCUACAAGUGUGAAGAAUGUGGGAAAGCUUUUAGCUUGAUAUCAUACCUUACUAAACAUAAACGAAUUCAUACUGGAGAGAAACCUUACAAAUGUGAAGAAUGUGGAAAAGCCUUUAAGCAAUGUGGACACCUAAAUGCACAUAAGAGGUGUCAUAGUGGAGAGAAACCCUAUAAAUGUAAAGAAUGUGGCAAAGUCUUUAAACAGUUCUCAAACCUUUCUAAUCAUAAGAUAAUUCAUACUGGAGAGAAACCCUACAAAUGUGAAGAAUGUGGCAAAGCUUUUAGCUUGAUAGUAUACCUUACUAAACAUAAACGAAUUCAUACUGGAGAGAAGCCCUACAAGUGUGAAGAAUGUGGGAAAGCCUUUACACAAGGCUCACAGCUAAAUGUACAUAAGAUAAGUCAUGCUGUAGAGAAACCCUAUGAAUGUGGAGAAUGUGGUAAAUCCUUUAAGUUGUUCUCAUAUCUUACUAAACAUAAGCAAAUUCAUACUGGAGAGAAACCCUAUAAAUGUGAACAAUGUGGCAAAGCUUUUAAUGAAUAUAAAAACCUUACUAAUCAUAAGAUAAUUCAUACUGGAGAGAAAUCUUUCAAAUGUGAAACAUGUGGAAAAGCUUUUCUCUGGAUUUCAUGUCUUACUAAACAUAAGAGAACUCAUACCUCAGAGAAGCCCUACAAAUGUAAAGAAUGUGGCAAAUCCUUUAAGUUAUUCUCAUAUCUUACUCAACAUAAGCAAAUUCAUACUGGAGAAAAGCCCUACAAAUGUGAAGAAUGUGGCAAAUCCUUUAAGCUGUUCUCCUAUCUUACUCAACAUAAGCAAAUUCAUACUGGAGAGAAACCUUAUAAAUGUGAAGAAUGUGGGAAAGCCUUUCACCGGUGCUCAUCCCUUAUUCAACAUAAGAAAAUUCAUACUGAAGAAAAACCUUACAAAUGUAAAGAAUGUGGCCAAGUCUUCAACCACUACUCAAACCUUGUUGAACAUAAGGUAAUUCAUACUGGAGAGAAACCCCACAAAUGUGAAGAAUGUGGUAAAGCCUUUCACUGGUUCUCACUUCUUACCAAACAUAAGAGAAUGCAUACUGGGGAGAAACCCUACAAAUGUGAAGAAUGUGGCAAAGCCUUUAACUAUCUCUCAAACUUACAUGUACAUAAGAGACUGCAUACUGGAAAGAAACCCUAUGAAUGUGAAGAAUGUGGCAAAGUCUUUAACCAGUUCUCACAAGUUACUCAACAUAAGAGAGUUCAUACUGGAGAGAAACCCUACAGAUGUGAAGAAUGUGGCAAAGCCUUCAAAGCUCACUCAGCCCUUACUAAACAUAAGAGAAUUCAUAGUGGAGAGAAACCCUACAAAUGUGAAGAAUGCGGCAAGGCCUUUAAUCAGUGCUCAAAUCUUAAUGUACAUAAGAGAAUUCACACCUGAGAAUUGUCCUACAAAUUUCAAGAAUAUGGCAAAAGGCUUUAAUACCUGCUUACAUAUUAAUUCACAUGAUACUUCACACUGAAUAAAAGGGUUACAAAUAUAAUGACUUUUGUAAAACCACCCACAAAAUAUAAGCCUCAGAGUGUAGCAGAGUAUGUAUACUGAACAGCAUUACAAAUAUACAGGGGCACAAUACCCUUACUUAUAUCACAGAUCUUAUUUGUACACAGGAGAAUUUUUACUGCACAAAAAUUCUCCAGUGGUUGCUCAAGCUUAACCUCAGAGACCCUACAUAUGAGAGAAACUCUGCAAAUAUAAUAAAUACAGAAAAACACUUGUCCAAAAAACAUGUCUUAGAAAACACCAACGAGCUCAUACUAAAAAAUACUUUAGAUAUGCAUUAAAUAUGAAUAAAUGUGUACUCAUCUAAACAUCAGAGGAUUCACUCUCAAAGUGUUGAUUAUAGAAAAUAAUCUAAAGUUAAAAUUAUUAGUUAAUGUAUUUAUAUUGAUUUUUGUGGAGCUAUAAUUACAUGUAAAGUAUACUUUUUUGCAUUAAAAAACUUUCAGAUUUUUUUAAAGCAAAAAAAUCAACCCUUAGAUCAGUAUGUAAAUCAACUCUCAAAUCACACGGUGCUCUGCCUUCAUUUCUAGUGUUUACGUAAAGCAUGUGGUUAGUUGUUGCUGUACGGGAGCCUACGAGAGGUCCUUCUAGGUUAGGUGGGGCUCAUUUACGUACUUUUCCAUGGAGGUUUAAGGAUAAUCUUCUGCAUUAUAGUAAGAAGAAAACAUUUUUAAUUUUAGAAAUAAAUUGUUUUACUAAUUGCAUAUUAAGUAAUAAAAUUCAGUGGAUUUUGAAAUGC